UACUCUGUCAAAGGGACGACAAAGAAGAAAAGCGGCGCAGCCUCGCAUCCGGCGCGAAGAAGAAGAAGCAGCACUCGGAGGGAGUAUGGCUGCCGCCGCAGGGUGUGAGCACUAUGUCCGCAGCUGCUUAUUGAAAGCCCCCUGUUGUGGUAAACUGUACGUGUGUCGGCUGUGCCAUGAUGCAGAGGAACACCACCAGAUGGAUCGAUUCAAAGUCCGAGAGGUGCAGUGCUCCGAGUGUCUGACUGUGCAGCAGGCACAGCAGACUUGCCAGCAGUGUCAUGUGCAGUUCGGGGAGUAUUACUGUGAUAUUUGUCACCUGUUCGACAAGGAUAAGGAGCAGUACCACUGUCAACCUUGCGGAAUAUGCAGGAUUGGCCCCAGGGAGAAAUAUUUCCAUUGUGACAAGUGCAAUCUGUGUUUAGCUCAGGAUCUACAGGGAAACCACAAGUGUGUUGAAAAUGUGUCAAGGCAGAACUGCCCAGUGUGUAUGGAGGAUAUUCACACGUCCAGAAUUGGCGCUCACGUUCUACCAUGUGGUCAUCUGUUACACAAGACCUGCUUUGAUGACAUGGUCAGAACAGGAGCGUAUCGCUGCCCUCUGUGUAUGCACUCCGCCUGUGACAUGGAGGACCACUGGGAUCAGAUCGACGUAGAGAUCGCUCAGUCACCGAUGCCCACUGAAUACCAGGGGGCUACUGUCAAAAUUAUAUGUAAUGACUGCCAAGCUCACUGCACGGUGCCUUUCCAUGUGCUGGGCAUGAAGUGCAGCGGCUGUGGCUCCUACAACACGGCACAGGAGGGAGGACUCAUCCAGCAGCUUCAACCACCACAACAACAACAGCCAGAGCCGGAGAUUGAGGAUGAGACAGAAACAGACACAGAGCCCGAGCAGCAAGAUCAACCUGAGUAACUGACGCCACAUUAUCAGUUCAACCAAGAUGACUUUUGACUGGUCCAUUGUUGAAACCUAUAUUGAUUGCAACAGGUAGCAGAGCCAAUAUUAUGUGAUUAUUUAUGUAUUACCAAAAAAAAUCUAUUUAUUUUCUGUAUUGGAUUCUCUUCUCCAGCUGUAGGAACCUAUCCCAGCAUGCACUGGGUGGGAAAAAAUGUAGAUCUAGGACAGGUUUCCAGUGUAAGACUUUCACAUCAUUUUACACUUAAGCUGCUUUCAGGCUUGAACUGAACUCCAGAGAAUCUCCUGACAUUCUCCAGAGGGAUGUGAGAAUGCAACUGUCUGGGUGAGAGCCUGCAGACUUUCUCCUGCCUCUUAGUAAAAACUCUGGAUAAUGACGGAGUAAGUCCAUGUCAGAAUACAGCAGGAGGAUUCACGGUGAGAAUAAAAAAUGUCUGAGGAUGAAAGUAUGUGAUCACCACAGCAGAAUUAGUAUGUUACAUCUUGCCUCUGCCUGCUGCACCACCCCUCGCCUGAUUUCUGUGUUGUGAACAAGUCUCAGCAGAGAUCUCCUGCUACAGUCUUAAACUCAGGAGAAAGACUGCGGAGUUCAUGUCUGAAAACACCUUUAGAGUCAUAGUCCAUCUGACCUGCAUGUCUUUAGGCUGUGAGAGGAAAUCCACAAAAAUAUGGUAAGAACUUGCAAAUGUCACAUAGAAAAGAUCUCAGCUGGUCGACUGAUUCAAACCCAGGACACUCUUUCUGGAGGCUGACAGUCAACUAAGUGACAGUGGCAGUAAUGAACAGAUAAAAUAGUUCAUGUGAGGAAGUGGUGAUGAUUUAAUCACUGAACAGGAUCCGAGCAUUUGUAAUUAUUUAAGUUCAGAGAUCGUCCCYGAAGUCUUACUUCAACAAUACUUACUUGACAGUACAGCAUCAAUCAACAUAAUUGAUACUAUAGGAAGUCUUUACACUAACUUCACUGACAUGUUUAUAGCACAGCACACGGCAGUGGAGGAUUUUUAAAUGGAAGACCCACGCACAGGGAUUUAAAAAUGGACUUAACAAGUCACAGGGCAUGUGUGUAGAGUAAAGACAGUUCAGAUGUAUGUGGACUUUCCUCAGUACAGUAUUUACAGCCCUUUAGUUGUCAUUUUGUUGUUUUCUGCUUGUGUGUCAAAGAUAUUAAAGAGAACCAAUUUUUCUACUUUU